CCACCGCGCACCAACCCGAAAACGGGGACCCAACCCCUUUGCUUGCCCCUGAGGGGCAGGUACACAGGCUGCUGCACCACGUCGGUUGUUCGGCAUGGCGGAAAAACUUAGCACUGGCGAGAUGAGUUGCUGUUCUGUAUAUGUUUGUGGGUAUAUUUGAUGAACAUGCUUGUCGGUAUGAAUGCCGGGGGGAAAGAAAGUACCUGAGGAGGGAUUGGUGAGGUAUAAGUAGACUUGAAGGCCUCGGGCUAUUGAGAAGACACCACCGCACGGUUCGUGAUGUUUUCAAGGCUCUCUAUCAUUUCAUUGGGUUUGGCGGACGCAUUAUGCGGUGCAAUCCCGUUUGUGGAGGAGGGAUAUAACGAACAUGUUUAUCCUGGAUGGGAUCAAUUGAAGUAUCUUUUUGUCUUUGGUGAUUCCUACACUACUACGGGCUUCAACUUAACCAAUGGGUCGCCGCUGCCAAGUUCUGGAAACCCGAUGGGAAACCCGGCGUGGCCGGGAGAAAAUAGUGGCCCAAAUUGGGUAGGAUACUUGACAACCACAUUCAACAGAUCCGAAUUACUAACCUACAAUCUUGCCUACGGAGGCGCGACCAUAAACUCCACCCUUGUAAAGCCUUACAUCCCAACCGUCCUCUCCUUCGCCGACCAAGUCCAAGACCUCUUCCUCCCGAACCUCUCCCCCAAAUCCCCCACCUCAAUCACCCCCGCCUGGGAGUCCGAGGACUCCCUCUUCCUGAUCUGGCUCGGGGUGAAUGACAUCGAGAACAGCUACCGGAAUGUCGACCCCGGCGAUCUCCACCCGAGCCUAAUGAAUGAGUACUUCCGCAUUCUGGAGGAACUAUACUGUGUCGGCGCUAGGAACUUUCUGCUCCUGAAUGUGCCGCCGAUUGAUCGUAGUCCGCUUACCACCGGACAAGGGGAGCAGGCAGUGUCUAGGGAGCAGGAGGCGUUGGAGAGUUAUAACAGCCUGCUGGAGGAUAUGUUACAUGGGUUUAAGAGGAGUCAUAGGGAUGUUUACGGGAAGAUAUUCGAUGCUGCUAGGGUAUUUACCGAGAUUCUGGAGAGGCCGGAGCGGUAUGAUAUCAAGAACACGACGGCAUUCUGUGAGAAGUAUAGAGUCGGAACACCGGACUGGGACACCUACUACCCCGAAUGCGGUGUCAGGGUCAGUGAAUACUUCUGGUUGAACAGCUUGCAUCCCACGUGGCCGGUGCACAAAGUUCUCGCGGAGGAGAUUGUGAAGAGCUUGUGAUCUGCGCGACGAAUGAGGAGUGUUUCGUAGUUUGUAGAACCCUAUUUUAAUGCAUUCCAGGGUGGCAAGAUGGUGUAACUUAUAUUUAUUUACAA